AUGCAGCCGUCUUUGAUUCACCCAUGCUCCUUCUCUGGAGCACUCCUUUUGCUGGCAGUGUCUAACCUGCUUCUUUGGGAGGAGGUGGCUUCCUUACCGAAUUAUGGAGUGUCCACUGAAAGCCUAUAUGAACGUGUGAUUAGGUGGUCACACUACACCCAUGGUCUUGCCUCAAAUGUGUUCAUGGAAUUUGAAGUGAAGUUUGGUAGGACAGCUUGGUCGUAUAGCCCCUGCCACACUGCUGCAAUCCCUACUCCAGAAAACAGUGAGCAGGUCCACCAGACAAACUCAGAAGACCUUCUGAAAGUGUCCAUCACCAUUUUACAAGCUUGGGAAGAGCCUAUUAAGCACAUGGUGGCGGCAGUGGCUUCUCUUCCAAAUGUACCUGAUACACUGCUGUCAAAAACAAAGGAAUUGGAGGAGAGAAUGCUAGGGCUUCUGGAGGGAUUGAAGACCAUAUUCAGCAGGGUUCAUCCAGGAGCUGCUGUAAGUGACUAUACUUUCUGGUCUGAAUGGUCAGAUUUGCAGUCAUCUGAUGAAUCCACUAAGUACAAUGCUCUUAAAACCUUAAGUCGGUGUGUGCGCAGGGAUACGCAUAAGGUUGAUAAUUAUCUCAAGGUCUUGAAGUGCCGCGAUGUUCAUAACAACAACUGCUGA